CAUCAAAACAACAACAUCCAAAUCCGCGAUGCUUGCUUCUUUUCUUUUUUUUCCUCCUUCUUUGCUCGGCGUGUUAAAAAAAAUCUAAUAUGAACAUUAAGAAACAGAGGAGCUAGUGCCUUUUCUGUGCACGAGGCAGAGGGAAACGAGUCGGCGAGUGUGAAACUCCACAUUUUGUUGAUCUUCUUCGACGCCCUCGAGUCCCCCUGGAUAUUGAGCGAGAGUGUUCUCAAGCUGCCGGCUCUGCCACGGUGAAGUCACACUGAUGUGGUUUUCGCGAGCUAUUCGUGGAAGGUGGUGACGGUAUCUUCCCCGACUCCUGAUGAUUCAGUUGACCUGAGACUCUGGAGCGCUCCUGCCCUCAAGACUGUGAGCUGGAUUCUGAUUGGAGGAAUGGAGUGCCAGUCUGUACUGCACAAGUGAUCGGGCGAGGAGACUCCAGUGGUGACGUCCUGUGGAGCCACAGAUCGAAGGCGAGGAGGCUGUCCUAUCACCGGCGCUGGAACUGAAGAUUGCUUUAAAUAAGCAAGUCCUCGCAGAAGGUUUUUCAAGCCAUGAUGCAAGAAUCUGGGACGGAGGCGACGAGCAACGGACUAGCCAAUCAGAAUGGAGGAGCGAGCGUGGAGGGCGGGGCUAAGAGUGCCACGCCGUCAGUGGAGGUGACUGCCGCUGACCUCCUGCAUCUCCAACAGCACCAGGCUCUCCAAGUGGCUCGGCAGAUAAUCCUCCAGCAGCAUCAACAACAACAACAGCAACAACAACAACAACUGCAACAAAUCACUGGUCGCAAAUCCCCCAAAGCCAACGACAAGCAGCAGAGCCUUCAGGUUCCAGUUUCAGUGGCUAUGAUGACACCCCAGGUAAUAACUCCUCAGCAGAUGCAGCAGAUCCUUCAGCAGCAGGUCCUGAGCCCUCAGCAGCUCCAGGUUCUCCUCCAGCAGCAGCAGGCCCUCAUGUUACAGCAGCAGCAACUCCAAGAGUUCUACAAGAAGCAGCAGGAACAGCUCCACCUCCAGCUCUUGCAGCAGCAGCAGCAGCAGCAGCAGCAGCAUGCGGGCAGCAAGCAGAAUAAAGAGCAGCAGGUGUCUGCCCAGCAGCUGGCCUUCCAGCAGCAGCUCCUGCAGGUCCAGCAGGUCCAGCAGCAGCACCUGCUCAACCUCCAGAGGCAGGGGCUGCUCACCAUCCAGCCCGGGCAGACCGGCCUGCCGCUGCACUCCCUCACUCAGGGCAUGAUUCCAGCAGAGCUCCAGCAGCUGUGGAAGGAGGUUACAAACGCUCACGUGAAGGAGGAGCACAACCACAACAACGGCCACCGGGGUCUCGACCUGUCCUCCCCGGCGCCGCCAAAGAACACCCACCUCAACCAUCACGCCUCCUCCAACGGGCAGUACAUGAGUCACAAGAGAGAAGCAUCCACGCAUGAAGACCAUUCCCACCACAGCCACCCUCUCUACGGUCAUGGAGUUUGCAAAUGGCCUGGAUGUGAGGCGGUGUUCGACGAUUUCUAUUCAUUCCUAAAGCAUCUUAACAAUGAGCACGCCCUGGACGACAGGAGCACGGCCCAGUGCCGGGUGCAGAUGCAGGUCGUACAACAGCUGGAGCUGCAGCUAGCGAAAGACAAAGAGCGUCUGCAAGCGAUGAUGACGCACCUUCACGUCAAGUCCACGGAGCCCAAAAACACCCCACAGCCGCUCAACUUGGUGUCCAACGUCACACUGUCCAAGUCGGCCCACUCAGCCUCGCCCCCCCUCAGCCUGCCCCAGACCCCCACCACCCCCACGGCCCCCCUCACACCGCUGUCCCAGACCCACUCCGUCAUCACCGCCAACAGCCUCCACGGCGUGGGCCCCAUGCGGCGGCGCUACUCAGACAAAUACAACAUGCCCAUCUCUCCAGAUCUCAGUCAGAACAAAGAGUUUUACAUGAAUGCAGAGGUUAGACCGCCGUUCACGUACGCUUCGCUAAUAAGACAGGCAAUCCUCGAAUCUCCAGAAAAGCAGCUAACACUAAACGAAGUCUACAACUGGUUCACGCGAAUGUUUGCAUAUUUUAGACGCAACGCAGCGACGUGGAAGGGUGCCGUGCGCACCAACCUUUCCCUGCAUAAGUGCUUUGUGAGAGUAGAGGAUGAGUGUGGGUCCUUUUGGACCGUUGAUGAUGGGGAGUUUAAGCGCGGCCGCCACAUUCAGAGAGGCCGGCCUCGGAAACACGCCGCUGACGAGAACUUUGACGUACAAAGUCCCAACUUAGUGAAGAACAUUCAGACCAGCCUGGGCUACGGUCCCACCCUCUCUGCUGCCUUCCAGGCUUCAAUGGCAGAAAACAACAUACCUCUAUACACUACUGGUUCCAUUGGGAGUCCCACCCUCCACUCGCUGGCGCACGCCUUCCGCGAGGAGAUGAACGGGGCGAUGGACCAUGGAAACAGCAACGGCAGCGACAGCAGCCCGGGACGCUCGCCCCUGCCAGCUAUGCAUCACAUUAAGGAGGAACCACUGGACCCAGAAGACCACGAAGGGCCCCUCUCCCUGGUAACGACCGCCAAUCACAGUCCGGAUUUCGAUCACCAUAGAGACUACGACGACGAACAGGGCCACGACGACAUGCUGUAAGGCUAGCAGGGGCCCCACCUCCCACCACCCCCCCAACCCUCCAUCCUCCCCGGGGCCUCAGAGGCAGUCUGGGUAAUCUGGGAGACAGAAAAAAACGCUCGGCAGAUAACAAAAACUGAACUGCAGUCUCAGCGCUCAAGUGUCUCCCAGUUCACUUUUUUAGUGCCAUUACAAAACACACACACUUUUUUUUCCUGAUUUAGUUCUACUUCUGAUUUAAAAGCUUAAAAAGUGAAACUUCAUUUCUACUCCUGUGUGGGAUGGACUCCUUUGGUACGGGGGCGAUGCGUUCAGGGUCAGAGACCUUUAUUCGCCGCGCAGCCAGGACGGACUGCACUCAGCGGACUGCAAGAGGGGGUCGUCUCCCCCCUUUUCUCUCUCCCUCUCUCACACAUCUGACCACAGACUCACACACAGAGAGAGAGAGAGUGACUGACGUUUAAUUUACACAGUGUGUGUGUAAACAACUUGUGUUCAUUGUCACUGCCUUCAACACUUCUCAUCGCUUUGAUUCCAUCGGGUGGGUUUUUAUUCGGGUGUUUUUGUUGUUUUUAUUGUCGGGAGGGGGGGUAAGAUGUUCUAAAAUAUCAACAUGAUGUGUCUUUUUCCAUUUUCAAUGUUCCUUUUUCUUUAAACUGAUCAGACCUCAUGCCCAUGCUGUGGAGAUUGUGUGUGGUCAGCACUUGAUGAUGAAUGUUUAUGAUUUUUUUCUCUUCUUUAAAUACACACACAUGAAGCCGAAUGUCACGAACCGAGUAGUAUUUUUCUGUCAUUUAUUCCACGAAUCUUCAAAAAAAAAGAAAAAGGGGAAAGAAAACUCCGAUGUGUAGCCCGCCCCUCCCCCCACCUGCUCAUGAAGUCCAUUGGCAAUGCACUACUCGUAAUGAAGGCUCUCUCCACGCAUCAAUGAAGUUUAAUUUAAGAUGCGAAUGAAUGACAGAGAAAUCAUGCAGGUUAUGAUUUAUCCUUAUGGAAUUACACUUUAAAACAGCCCCUCACGGCAGAGCGUGACGAGCCGCAACACCAUUUCUGAUCACUUACCAGUUUUUCUUUUUUUUAUACAAAGCAGGAUGGAAAUGUCAGGUGUGCGCCGGAGAGAUAAUGAUUUAGACCAACUAAUUGUGAUUCCUGAACACAACCUGCCAUUGUUAAUCAGACAUGUCUUUUUUUCCACGCUGUAAUUCCAUUCAGUGCUUGAUGAUAAACGUGCAUUCCCUGUAGUUUUAUUUGUAUCCCGCGCAUGACCAGUUUCAGUGAGGAUGAAAUGUUCAUUUUUUAUCAAAUGUAGAAUUUCCAAGACUUGCAAUAAGACCCAAACGUCGCACAUUCCAGCAUUUUGACAGCUAUCGUAAAGGGCCCAAACAUACAGUACAUGCCAUUUAUUUUAAAUGUGGAUACUUUGAUGUUCAAUGUCACCCAAAAAUUGUUGUAAUCCGCAGCAUUGAAUCAAUUCCUCAUUGUGAUGCAGCGAUUUCAGCUUAGGUAGAUCUCUACUAGACCAUGAAUUUCAAGACUGCAAUCAACCACUUUUUAUUUAUUAUUAUAAUUUUUCUUUGGUUUAUUUUUUCUUUCUGUUGAUGUGUUUAAUAUCUUGUUCUGUGACUACCAAAGAUAAACUACAAAGUCAAUGUUGUGUGUUCCAUGCAAUAUCAGAUAAGGCCAAAUAUCUCUCCUCUAGAAAGAAUCAAUGAGGGGGGGGGGAUGCUCUUCAAACUGGUGUUUCCUUCAUUUAUUAUUAAAAACCAAAGGGGUGUGAAGAAAAGGGACGGCUGCAGUAAUGUUUGCAGUGACCAAAACGGAGCGGGGCGAUGACCAAAUUAGGAAAAACGUUAGUCUUUUUGGGCCAGUGAGAGGAAAAAGGGAGCGUUUCGGUGAGGAGAUUUCAACAUAGAGGGUAAAAUCGACGAGGAAAAAUAAACCGGUAAAUGGAAAAAGCUUUGCUAGGGAACAAUGUGAAACAGAUACUUCAACUGGACCAUGCUAUGAUUCUCUUUUCUUUAUUUUGUAUCCUUUGAAAUGAUUGUAAGCCACUUUUUCGGGGGGUUUUAAGCAUAUUUUUGGCUAUGAUUGUGUUCAGUUUCUUAUUACUUUUUUUAUAUUAAAAAAAAAAAACACUCCUGUCAACUAAUAAGCUGGGUACAAGGUACUUUAUGGCAGUUUGUAUUGUUAUUGUUUCACCGCUUAUUAAGUAAAAAACUAAAAGAAGGGCAAUCUGUGGUUUCCAGAAGUAUUUAAUAUCCAGGCAGCUGUGGGACGGGUCAGUUUCAGCUCGGACCGUGAGAACAGCCGAGCUCAUCCACACGCCGCCCCCCCCCAACCUCCCCGUUCAUCUGGCUGCAUGUUUGGGAUCGAAAAAGGAGGAGAAGCGCUGGUAGAUUAGAAACAUUCUCAGCAUGUGUAGCUUGACGUUACUAAAGAUAACAGCAUGAGAAAAAAAACAUUUGUACGCAUACCUCAGUUCAAACCUAUAGGGAAUGAUUCAAUUAAAUGAGGGAAAAUAAAUAAACAUUUCACUCAGUUGCACUUAGUUGUGUGUCUUGCAUGUGUAGUCUGAUACUGUAGAGAGAAAACUACAAAAAAAAUGAAAUUAGAGUUUGUUUAUCAAAGGUUUCAUCCUUUUUUCAUUAUCAUUUUUUGCCAAACCAAUCCAAACCUCAGGCCUUUUGUUCAUCCUCCUGUCACUGUCCUCCGCUGUAAUGAUGGGUUGUUUUAAGGGCGUUCCAAUAUUAGGUUGUACAUACAUGUCGGUAAAGUCUCUUCCUCUCUGUGUCUUUUUUCUUUUUUUUUAAGAUCAAAAGAUUUGUGUUAUUGCUUUAUCGCGACUGCUUUGUAUUAACUAUGAAAUAGCUAUGAGAAAAAAAACUGCUGUAUGUAUUGGAAUAGCAAAACUGUGCUGCAAAUGUAUUUUACUUUGUAAUCCUUGCUUUAAAAAAAAAAAAAAAAAAAAAAUCAUCCAUGCAGACAUCUGGGCAGGCCGGGGGGGAGAUUAUCCCCCAUUUUGGAUUUUAAAACUGUAAUAUAGAAGAAACAGACUUUUCUCUGUUAUCAUUGACCUAAGCAUUUUGUACAGAUUUUUCCCUCUUUGUGUUGAAGCUGUUUUUUGAUACUUCCUUUUGAUGGUCCAACCACUGCCUUCUGUGGCUGUAUGUUAGAGAUUACCGCUCUGAGAAAAAGGGCACACAGGUAUAUUUCCUCUACGAGACGGAGAUAUCUUGCAUGACUAAUCCCAGGGUCACAGAGAAGGGGGAGGGGGGGAAAUAUGUUUUAAGUGGUCAGUAAUAAUAUAAGGGUGUAACAAUCUAAUGAUAUUUUAUAUGAAAUGAAUAGGAAAAAGUAAAAAAAAAAUAUGCAGUGCCAAGAUGUAAAGAAUAUUGUUAAAUGCUUUUUUGUUUCGUUCAUUUCACGCACGCAUCAAAGAUGUGUCCUUCUCAUCCAUGUCAUGUAGGUAUUUUGUUCGGCAUCAAGAUAUUUAUAUUUUUAUCUCAAAGGGUCAUUGUAAAUGAGUCAAACCAAGCACAGCGGACAGGUCAAAGGUCAGACGCCCUGCAAACUGCUGCCGUGUGGCAUCAGAUCCCCGACAUUACACGCUGGCAAAAAAAAAACGCCAUUGUUUCAUCCUUCACCAACCAUCCAGCCCGCUGUCAUCGCCCCCCUCUCUCACACACUCUCUCCAGAAAGAGGGGGAGGGAGGAAGAGGGGGGGGGGGGGGCAGGAGCUGUCACGGUGCUCUCAUCCCGCUGCAGCUUUUCUAUCUCUUACUUUCUGUUUUUCCUUUGAAGAUGUACUCUGUAGUUUAUUUUAUUUUCUUUCUUUUUUUUAUAGAGAAAUAUUAUUGCUCAUCACUUCCAUCAGUCUGUAACCUCCUCAUCAUUCCUCGUCUGUCUGAUGCAGACCACUCUGUUGUAGUCAGUGGCGAUGACUGACGUGAGCAUUCUAAACAUGCAAUAAAAUGCUGGUUGUUCAGAU